AUGAAUUUAUCUUGUCAUGCUUUUGCUUUUCCUUCAACAAAUAUAACUUGGAUUUAUCGAAAUAAAAAUAAACAAUCAAAAACAAUUCAUUAUGGAGAAGAUGUUUAUAUAUCAUCACUUGAAUCAACAGAUAGUGGUUCAUAUGAAUGUAUUUCAUCAAAUGGAUAUCAUGAAAAAAUUAGUCGUUCAUUCUAUGUCACUGUUC